UCCGGCAUUUGAGUAUACACAUGUUGCCUAGUCGUAAACCUGUAUCGCUCAGUAAUAGACCGACACUUGACGCAGCUGUUUCAAUAAAAAUUUGGUGCCCUGCCUGACCGAUAAGAAUUCUAUAAUGCGGCAGCAAAAUGGAAGAGUCUGGGGAACGCUCCAUGAUGGAAAAUUUGAAGUGCGUAGCGUCACUCAGUCCGAUUUGGAAGAAGCUCUAGAUGUUUUGGACAAUUCAUUUUUUAUUAAUGAGUCGGUUUGCAUUGCUUGCGAAAUUAAUGUGCCACAAAAUGUGCAAGCUAGACAAGAGCUGCGGGAACUGUGCAGAAUAACAGCAUUGGAUGGAGUAUCUUUGCUGGUCAGGGAGGUGGAAACUGGACGUGUAGUGGCUGUAUCGUUUAACAAGAUUCAGCCCUCCCCACCGGCAGGCGAAGAGCCUUUCUUUUUGAAAUUCCGCAAUGAGAGCGCCAAGAGUCCGCAAGCUAGGCGCCUAAUGGACUUUAUGAUUGAAGUGGAUGAAAAGAUUGACGUGUGUGCCAUGUACAACAUGGAUUGCUUCUGCGAAUUAAUGUUUCUAGCCACCCUACCCAGCCAUGAGCGACUGGGUCUUGGUCGUGCCUUGUCCAAGUUUACCAUAGAACUUACCCAGGAGCUUGCUAACGGCAAGGGUUUGGAGGACAUUGACGAAAAGCUACGAUCACUGCGCCCGGCAGCUGUCACUGCUCUUUGGACUUCCAGUUUCUCCCAGAAGGUUGGAAAGGCCACGGACUUUAAGGUCAUCAAUACGGUUUCCUAUUCGGAUUUCGAAUUUAAUGGCAAGCGUUUCGAUGAGCGAAUUAAUCCUUUGCACAAAUUCUGCCAACAUGUUGUAUAUAAAUUUUAAUUUGUGUAAAAACUAAAAAAAUUAAUUAAAUCAAAAUAAAAUAAAAAAAUUGCAAAAAA